AAAGAUGGCUUCGCGAUAAAAGACGUUUUCACGAACUUCCGCUACUGCUAUCCCUCCGAAACGAAGACCGCUGACCAAUGCCAUGAGGACUUUCUCCAUUUCCUUCAGGUGAAAGAUGAGGUUGGUAUCGUCUACAGCGACAAUGCGCCAGAGUUGAUUGCUACAAUGAAGAAGUUGGGGAUUCGUCGCAAUACAUCAAGGCAGUAUGUAGAUAAGAACAAGGCAGUCAUCGAGCAAGAGAUCCGAACUGUGUUGGAGGGUACACGGGCUAAUCUGGUUCAGUCCGGGUUGCCUGAGCGAUACUGGCCGCUUGCUUCAGAGCACCGUUGUAUGGCCCUCAACGCAUCCACCAGGCUGGACAACGGCAAAGGAAUCUUCUUAGGGUACCACAUUCAACCGGGACUCAUUUGGAAAGAAGAGUACCUGGUUGCUCCGUUGGACAAGAUUGAGGGUGCUAUUGAAGCCAAUGACCUGAAGAUAAUUCGAUCCAAGAAGGUCGAGUUGUUGCAAGGGGAUUUUGUGUUUCCCCUAGCAUCGGGUUUGGAAGCUCUGGGCAACCAGAAGCCCCCUCAACUUGAUGAUCAGAAUGCCAACGUUCGUCCAGCAGGACUUGAAGCUGUUGAGGAAGCAGACCUCGCCGAGUACCCGCCGUACCGUAAGAAGCUUGAAGCACAAAAGGAGGCAGAGUAUCAGGAGCUGAAGAAAGCUACUCCAGCUAUGCCAGUGACGCACGGACGGAUUGAAUGUCAUCGGGAAAGGUAUGCGCAUCUUUGUGUUGACAAACUAGGUGAAAUUGCCGAUUCCAUGUAUGCGCUUGUAGCCAAGAUCCUCCAGCAACCUGAGAUUCAGCGUACACCGGCUGCCAAGGCUGCUCUCGACAAGGAGUGGCAGAAAUUGGUAGACAAGGGAUGUUGGAUUGAGAAACAGGUGCGGGAGUAUGAUCAAGUUGCUUCUGAGGCCCAAAAGAAGAAGUUGAAGGUUCACUUCGGUAGAGUUUUUGAGAUUUGCGCCUUGAAGGGGUCGGAAUUGAAAGAAGGAGACCCCAAUCGCAAGUACAAGGGCAGAUCCGUGUUUCAGGGCAACAAAGUGUUGGACGAAAACUCGGAUCAUGCGUUGUUCGCUGAGCUAGGUAGUAGUCCUGCAUCCAUGGAGGCCGGUAAAAUUAUAGAUGUGUACGGGUCUCAGCCCGGAUUCACAAAACAGCAAGCCGACGCACGGCAGGCGUACACACAAGCCUUGUUUAAAGGAACGGAGACAUGGGUUCGUCUUCCAAGGAAUCGCUGGCCAAAGUCUUGGUCAGGCAUGAAGGACCCUGUCGCACCAUUGCGUCUUGGUCUGUACGGCCAUCCCGACUCCGGAGGCAUCUGGGAACAGCGUUGUACUAAGGAACUUUCUAAGGCCUGUUUCGUCGCUGUUCUACCUGACAUUUGGCCUUCGGUAUUCCAUCAUCCUAAACUGGACCUCCUCUUGGUUAUUUACGUUGAUGACUUUAAGAUGGCUGGCCCGGAAAAGAAUAUGGAAAAGGGAUGGGAAUUGCUUGGGGAAUUCAUUGACAUGGACCCUGCUGAAGUACUGGGCAGAUAUUUCGGUUGCGUGCGCCGCGAGGAGGCUCAGGUCAAGUUGCCACCGUCUGCUCAUCCGUUCCACGCGCUCUUUGAGAAGGGCGCUAAAACUGCAGCUGCUACGGUCCGGCGUGAAGAUUAUUGGGAUAUAGAUCCUGAGAGCAUGUUGGCCAUUAAGCAUCAUUGUUACCGGUUGCCUUUAUCGCUCUUGCCCUUUCCUUGGCCACCUUUGCUGUUCUUGCCGUCGCCUUUACCUUUGCCUUUGCUUUGCUUGCCUUUUCCUUUGCCCUUGCCCUUGCCUUUGGUCAGUGCAUCUACUUCCAUGGGAACGGCUUCACUGGGCGGUUCUGUCACACCCAAACUUUGA